AUAAAUAAAUUUCCAACUAAUUGAAUUCCGCGGUAAAACCAAAGCCUUCGGAGCAAGCAAACUUUCCCUCCUUCCUCUCUCCUUGAUUUUGGCUCCCUCUCAGAUUUCCUGGUUUCUCCGAUGGCGUACGUAGACCACGCGUUCUCCAUUUCCGACGAAGACGUAAUGAUCGAGACUUCGUAUUCUGUAUCUAGCCGGCCGCCCAUUAAGGAGAUCGUCUUCGCCGUCGCCCUCCUCGUCUUCGGAUCCCUCUCCAUCAUCGCCGGCCUCAUCAUGGCUACGCACCAGAUCGGCGGAGACAGGGUCCAUGGGAUCUUCUUUGCGGGGCUGGGAUCGGUGCUUUUCCUUCCGGGGUUCUAUUACACGCGGAUUGCGUACUACGCUUACAAAGGGUAUAAGGACUUCUCGUUUGACAAUAUUCCGCCCGUAUAGAGGUGGUCUCCUGAGCUCUUUAAGUGGGCUGCAGGCUGCUCGUAUGUACAGGUCUUCCCUUCUCUCACUGUAUUAAAUCAGCUAGUAAGCGUGUAAAUCUGGAACAGUUUUAAUUAAUGCACGAUGCUUUUAUUUUUAUAUUUUUUUAA